GCCGGUGGCAAGCAAGCACGUGCACGGCCUGGAGGACGUUCCCACAAAUGGCGGAAUAGACAAGGAUGUGGCAGCCACCAAGGGAACCAAAAGAGUCGAGUUCCAGGAGGUGCAGGUAGCUCAAGCAGACGUUGCGGACCAUGUUGACGUGGUGCCCCAUGACAAUGUGCUGAGAAAACGCUCGUUGAAAGAAAGUCGCGAAACGAUUGAAGCUCCUCGCAUGCGGCGUUCGGUCUUCCGCAGUGCGGAUGAUGUGCGGGCCAGCCUGAAGCCCAUUGUCGCUGGAGAAGAAGAACACCACUACAAACCUGGGACAUGUGCUGAGAUCGCUUUGCAUCCGUAUGUUCAGACACUUGACUUAUCGAUGAUCCUCGUCUAUGCCAUUUGGAUGGGCAUCGACGCCGACUGGAACGAUGCCCUGCUGAUCACCGAGUCCGGCUUCAUCUUCCAAGCGGCUGAUCAUUUCUUUUGCCUCUUUUUCGUCCUCGAGCUGGGCGUCCGCUUCUUCGCUUUUCAGGGCUGCUGCGACCGCGUGCGCGACGGCUGGUUCGUUUUUGACGCUAUCCUGGUACCACUCACCAUCGUGGAUACCUGGGUCAUGACGGCCCUCGCACUGGCCACACCGGUGGAUCAAGCAGAAGCGACCUUCAUCCGCCGCGGGGCUCAGUGGCUCAACACAGCUCCAGACAGCAAGGGGUCCCCUCUUGGAGUGCCAAGAGAAGUGGAGUGCCAAGCGUUUUGA